GGUUAAUGUGUGGUUUUUAAUGUUUGGGUGUUCAUAAUUUCAGUGACGAUACUUUUUAAAUAAUAUUUCAAAUAUAUUAAUUUCAAUUUUUAAGUGUUUUGCUUAAAAAAUGUUAAUUUAAUUUAUAAUAUCAUGUAGUUUAAAAUCGAUGUUCCUUUUUCAAUUGGAUUAAAAUUACAAAUAUGAUGAUCACAAUUAAAUGAGGAUUAAACGACGGUAGAGGAGGGAAGGAAAUGACGGAAGUAGUGUGUGGGGACACAUACAGUCCACAUAGUCCUGAUUCAGACUGUAAUAGUAAUCCUACCGGCGAGCUAGCAAACACACAAGAUCAUUUUGUAUCAAGUUGUGUUAGUACAACGUCCCAAGAUGCAGAAUUUGUACAAGAUAAUUCCGAUUAUCAAUGGUUUAUAGAUUAUGGUUAUCGAGAUAGUAGCAGUAAUCUACAACAUGUUAGUGUGUUAUCAUCAUUGUGUACAUCGUAUACGGGUGAUGAUUUGGGAUUCUAUGAUGCUAUGUCGAAAAAUUUAGAUGCAAAUUUAGCUGAAGCCGAUAUGGAAAGUUUUCGUACUGAAGACAUCCAUUCAUUAUUAACCACCUUACCAACAAUGUGUACGGAUAUGCAGAUUGUACAAGAGAAUAACCGGGAAGGGGAAAUGUAUGCAAGUAUGUCUGGUUCAUUAAUGGAAAAAUUUGAAAUGGAAUCAUCUCUCAGUCAACAUACAAGUUCACAGGGUGAAGAUUCAACGGGAUUAAUUGACACUAUGUCAAUAUGUAAAUCGGAAUUAUUAUUUUCACCUGUGAGAGAAGUCCCCAUGCCUGGUCAUAACUACAGUGUGGAUUCAUUGGAUUGUGAAUUGCCGAAUGAACAAGAUAUAAUGCUCACAUGCCAAGCGAAUAAAAAUAAUUAUACAAUUGCAUUUGAAGGUAGUGUUACUAUGUAUUCUGAAGCAAGCGAUGAUCAUGAUAUAGAUAAAACAUCAGAAUCAAAUUCAAUAGAUAACACCGAAGACAUAAAUAAUAAAAAAUUACCACUUGAUAAUAAUUCAAUGAUCAAAUCAGAUUUAGGUUUAACAACAUGGAGUAAAUUAAAUAAAAAACGUUCAUGUGAAUUAAAAUUACGCCGUCAUCCAUCUGGCAACAAUAAUAAUCAUACAACAAAUGAUAGUACACAAUAUGGCGGUAGUAUUAUGCAUUCGACGAAUCCAUUGAAAAGUCAAAGUAUGCCUAAUUUAUAUAAACAAAAGAAUCGUUUGCUAUCAUCACAUUUUAAUAUUGAAAUGAAUAAUAAAAAUAAAAAUGCAAUGAACAGUUCAUCGAUCGAAUCAUAUUCCGGUAUGCAACGUUUCCCAUCUGGUUGCAUAAAAGUAUUCGAUAUACAACAUCAAACAAAUAGCGGCAGCUUAUUCUCGGACAUUGCCAGCUCAAUGGAUGGUUUUGACAGUAGUUGCAGUGAUAAUAAUCGACAAAGUACUGGCAAAAUUGUAACACCAAAUUUAAAUUUAGUGAAACGUUUCAUCAAACAAAAGAGUAUCAGUGCUGAAGGAAUGACAUUAGAUAUGGAUAAAUCAUCGGCAAGUGAAUAUAAUUGUCAUUCGGGUACAACUAGUGCUGGAUCACUUGAUAAUCGAUUAAAGGAUAAAAUGUCAACGUCGGUCAAUGAUAACGAUAAUUGUGAUAAUCGACAUUAUAAUCGAUUAGAAAAUCAGUUUAAUAAUUGGUUACGUAUCGAAUCGGAUACAGAGAAAACGGAUAAUCAAAAAGAUACAAAACGGAUACGAAAUUUCCCGAAAUUAUUUAACGUAAACAACAAUAAUAGCUUUGAUCAUUCAGAUACAUCAUCAAAUCGUGGCGAUUCAGAACGAUUAGAAAUUAAGAAAGAUGCAGAAAUUGCAUCAUCCGCAGAAAGUGCCAGUAUUUCAAUGUGCAGUUCUUCGGAAGCAACUGAAACAACAAAAUUCCAAAGAUACUCUCCGCGUAGUAAUCGAUUCCGAUUACCACGAAUCAUUCAAACUCCUCUCGAUGUAAUCGAUCGAAGUAUACAAACAUCGUUGUUAUCAAAUAUUGACGAUAAAGAAAAAUGUGAUGAUUACGUGAAAGUUAUCGAGCCUUCUUUCUUGAACAAAUUGAAAUCGGAUAAUAAAGAAAAGCCUGUUUAUGUUUUGUACCCAGAAUAUACCUUACCUAGUUUGGAUUUCCUUAAAGAUAAUACAAAUGAUUUGACAAAAAUAUUUUUAAUGCCACAAAAAUUUGUGCCAUGUCAAUCGGACACAGUUGCACCUAGCAAAGAGAAAACAAAUAAGACGCGACCAUUUUCGUGUAACGAUGUGGAAACACUUAAGAAGCGUGGUUUUGGUCAUGUCAAAGAUUGGGAUUCAUUAACAUUCUUAUUACCCACGGAAUAUCGACAAAUUCUAGCUGAAGUUCCCGAGGUUAUUGAACAAAUCAACGUAAAACCAGACGAAUUGUUGCGACAGAAAGAAAGACCACUAUUUUGUGUCACGCCACCAAUGCGACAUAAAGUACGACCACAGAGCUGUGACUUAACAGGAUUUAUCGAUCGAACAAAUGUCUCGUCUAGUUCUAGCACUGCAACCCAACCAUCUUCAGGGUAUAGAGGAUCAUCGACGAUGUUACUCACAGAUUCUGUACAAAACGCAACUCAAGCUCCUGUUACAUCAUCUGGAGGAAAUAACUUUAAUCCAUUGUUUAUCUAUCGUUACGAUAGUGUUACAAGUUCCGAAGCAAGUGUACUUAUGAAUGAGAAAAAAUUACCCGGGGCUCCACCACUUCCAAAACGUUCAACUUCAUUACCAAACGGUGAAAAUAAAAUGCUUCCAAAGGGUAUAUUACGCAAAUCAGUGGAAAAUUAUAAAAAGAAUCGUAAAUUGGAGAAGAAACUUUACGAAUAUAAUACAGACGAUUCGUAUGCAGAUGAAGGGGUAGAUGCGGGUAACGAUAGCAGUAUAGAAAAUAACGAUUGUGCGAUUGCAAGACCACCAACACCUCCCUUACCAAAAACAAUUGAAACAUCUUCUGUCUCGUCGGCAAGCCAAGAUGAAUUACAACAACUCGAAGAUUUCCUUAAACAAAGUGGAUUUUCGUGUAGUGAUAACGAUGAAUGGGAUGACAACGAUGUGUUAAAAUUACGAUCAUGCGUCAAUAAAUUCUUAUCGUUAAAAAUCAAUCAAAACCGAUAUGGUCGAAAAAACGUUACGUUUUCACAUCACUUAAAUUUCGAUGAGAAUAAUGAUGUAUUAUCGAAAUGUACACCAGUGCCUGCUGUUCGACAUUGUCCAAAUAAAGGUUUAGUCGAAUUACCAAUACAUGAAGAGGGUGAAACUAGUUCGGAGGAACGUAGUCCGAAAAAUUCUCCUGUACGAAAUAUUACUACGUCUAGAGCAACAAAUGAUUUCGUUGAAAAUAAAGCAGUACUGAUAACCGCUGUAAAAGAUGCUGUCGAUCAAAUAAUAGAUCACUUCGCCUUAGCAAAAGAUCAUGAAGAAUUGAACAAUCUUGGAAAUACUAUGGAAACACCAGCAUGUGGAAAAUUACUCUUAGCCACUUUAUGUCCAGCAUUAUAUGCUAUUCUUAGUGAUGGAUUAAAACCAAGUAUUGAUACAACAUUUGGUGCUAUCAGUAAUUCCGUUUGGCAAGUGAUUGAAGGAUCUUCUCAUGAUGGACCCUUAACGAAAUCUUUAAAUGAACUUGUAAUGCGAAUCAAUACAGAAGAUGUUAUUACGGAAGGAUUAAUUAAGUUUAAUGCGUUUAUUUUUGGACUUUUAAAUGUUCAGUCAUUGGAUGUAUGGUUAAGUUAUUUACGAAUGCGUGAAUCAAUUUUAAGAAAACAUUAUCACUCAGAUUCCUUGCUCUUAAUGGCACACACUGGCGGCAGUGAUAUCCGACGGUUAAUUGACUUAUUAAUUACAUCACUUCAACCUCUAAAUAUGCUUCCAUUCCAAAUUGAUUUAAUGUUUGAGUAUCGACAGUUACAAAUAAGUAUGAAGCGGAUGGGAUCAUUUCAAGCUUCUAGUCCUAUACAUUUAAAGAUUUCACCCACAAAAUCACAAAUUUCAUCAAAACAAUGGGCAUUGUUUAAGAUUGUACAGUCAAUACAAAAUAGUCUUACGCAAUCAAAUUCAAAUGAAGAAAUUUGUACCGAACAUAUUGAACAAUUAUUAUCACCAGAAAUAGCACAAACUUUAAGAGAAAAAGCUGUUAAACCAAGACCACGUUCAUUUAUCGAUCAUAAUGUUGUCUCGGAUGUCACAAAUUCGGAGAAAAAACGUUGGUCCGAUGUACAUCCUGGAUCAAAAUUACAUCAAGCAUUCGAUCGACUAGUCGCUGAAGAUUCCGAUGAAGAGUAUACUGAUAGUUUAGAACCUGAAAUCAAUAAUAAAACAAAUAAAAACGCAACUGGAUCACCAAAGAAAGUAGCGGAACCUCCACAAGGUGCAAAAUUCCGUCGUUUACAAAUGAAAUGGGAAAUGUUAUCAAAUGAAAUUACAAAUCGACCCAGUUCACAAACUGAUUCAUCAAGUCGUACAUCAAAUAUUAGUAGCAGUGGACGAUCAAAAUCACCGGAAUCGCCAACACAAAAAGAAUCAAAAACACCAGAAUCACCUGCACAUACGCCUUCAUCCAAAAAAUCAAAAAUACCUCGUUUAAUUCCAUCACCGGUGCGUGCAAAUUCAACGUUAACAAACGCAUCGUUACAAAAAACAAAUAUACCAGUUAAGAAAAUGUCUGGUAUUCCGUUGCCUGGAAGUGGAGUUAUAAAACGUCAGAAUACGGAAUCAAAUAUUGUUCGAACACGUCCAAAAAAAGCUGAGCAACAAACUACACCAACUAGAUCAAGCAGAAUGGAUCAACAUGAAACAGCAGGAAAUUCAUUAAGACAUCCUACAAGACCCACUAGUUUGCCAUAUAACCAACAACUGACAAAAUCCUCUAAACUAACUCCACCACGAAGAGCGGUUUCAAGUUCAUUACAUCGUGUGAAUAAAACUCCUAUCAAAGCUACUCCAAAGGUUGUCAGAACGUUAACACAUCGUUUACAAGCGGACAACGGACAUCUCUCAUUUAAUGAAGGGGAGAAAUUGACUGUUAUGUUAGAAGUUGAUGAUAAAUGGUUGUUAUGUUGUCGUGGGACACAAAAAGGGUUAGUACCUAGAUCAGCUGUUUUAAUAUUAGAAUCUGAUAUGAGUAAAAGAUUUUAGAACUAUCUUCUUUAAAGAAUACUUAAGGCCCAGUUUCACCAUCUUGAAUAAAGUUGGUGGAAUCGGACCUGAAAAUAUCAGUCAUUAAAAUAAAUAUAAAUAAUCUAGUCAUGGCAAUUAUAUGAUUUUGAAAAACAUAAUAUUUGUGUUACUUUGAUGCUGUGCAAUUUCCGAGAAAAAUCUGUUUUAUUUUAUCA